GUCGCCUUGGACGUCUGUGUCUGACCUGUUGGCCUGGGAUGGACCAGCAGGACAAAGCGGCCACAGUGGUGAUGGCCUCGCGGCCUCAAGCAACACAACUUCAGGGGAAACAAGCGCUAUCGCUCAUCCUCUGAGCCUGGGUCCGAAUCUAGUUCCCCUCGUCUACAAUGUGCUUGCUUCAGUCUCCUGUCUCCGUGCCAUGGGGUCGAGGGGGAAGGAGGUGGUCAUUUCCCAAAGAACAGAACAGGCCCCGCUCAGGGUUUCGACCCCGCUCCAGCCAACGCCCUCCCAUUCAUCCAGAGAGACGUUUCUUGGAAAUGACAGGUGACUGGCUAGCGAUACAGAGCAGCCACAUUGCGGGUACGGUCCUCAGGACAUGUCCUGAAGCUCAGAGUCAACAGACUUUUGGGGAAACCUACGCAUCAUGAACCCCUAUUUUGCAAGUAAGGCAUAACUUCGCAGGACAGAGGCACCAAGUUAGUAAAACUGGAGGGUCCCACUCUUCGGGGCCUUGGGGGAAACUAUGGAGCCAGUGACUUUCCGAGAUGUGGCUGUGGACUUUACGCAAGAGGAGUGGGGACAGCUGGACCCUACCCAGAGGACUCUGUAUCGUGAUGUGAUGCUGGAGACCUUUGGGCACCUUCUCUCUGUGGGUCCUGAUCUUCCCAAACCUGCAGUUAUCUCCCAGCUGGAACAAGGUGCUGAGCUGUGGGUGGCAGACAGAGGAGGCUCCCAGGCCUGCCAUCCAGGUUGGAUUCUUGAACCUGAAGACCACACACUGCUCAAGGACCAGGACCUCCCAAAAAUGAAACCAUCCCCCAUUACAGAAAAGGAUGGGUUUGCAAAGGCUGUUUCUUGUCAUUCUAUGACAGAGAUAUAUCGGGAAAGUGAUGGCCAGAGGCAGGCACUCAAGAAGGACCAGAGUAACUUAGGGCAGUUGAAUGGCCCCAAAGAGAUAUCAGUUCAAAGUCAAAGCUAUAAAAGCCUUGGACUUGUAGAAACCUGUGUUCUUGGCUUAAACACAGAUCUAUUACCAGAUAUUUCUAGAAUAGAGUAUGGCUAUACUUAUGGCUCACAAGUUAAAAAUUCAGAACAUAACCCAAGCUUAGUCAGUCAACAGACAGACUCCCCAGCAUCACAGCCUUUUGAUGACAAUGGCAGUCAAAAAGCUUUUGAUCAGAUUAUGCCCAUUACAGAACUCACAAAAAGUCAAGUGCAAGAUAAACCCUAUAAGUGUACUGACUGUGGGAAGUCAUUUAACCAUAAUGCACAUCUCACAGUGCACAAGAGAAUUCAUACGGGAGAAAGACCUUACAUGUGCAAAGAGUGUGGGAAAGCCUUCAGCCAAAACUCUUCCCUUGUUCAACAUGAGCGAAUCCACACUGGAGACAAGCCUUAUAAGUGUGAUGAAUGUGGGAAAUCUUUUUGCCACAGUACACACCUUACAGUCCAUAGGAGAAUUCACACUGGAGAGAAACCCUAUGAGUGUCAGGACUGUGGAAGGGCCUUCAAUCAGAAUUCAUCCCUGGGUCGACACAAGAGGACACACACUGGGGAGAAGCCUUAUACCUGCAGCGUUUGUGGGAAAUCCUUCUCCCGGACCACUUGCCUCUUCCUGCACCUGCGGACUCACACUGAGGAAAGGCCAUACGAGUGUAAUCACUGUGGAAAGGGCUUCAGGCACAGUUCUUCCCUGGCCCAGCAUCAGCGGAAGCAUGCUGGUGAGAAACCCUAUGAGUGCCGACAGAGGCUGAUCUUUGAGCAGGCACCAGCUUUAACAAAGCUCGAGUGGACAGAACCCCUCAGCUGUGACCCACCAUUAAGUCAAAGUGAAAGGACUCAACAGAGCGAUAGGCCCUUUAAAUGUAAUCAGUGUGGAAAGUGUUUCAUUCAGAGUUCUCACCUCAUCCGACAUCAGAUAACCCACAACAGAGAGGAAGAACCACUACGUGGACGUAGCCGAAGACGGGAACAGCACUGUAGACCGGGCUCAAAACUCAUCCGGAAUCCACACUCAAAUUCAAAAGAGGUUCCAAUAGCCCAGGCAAAGGCAGGACAAGCAAGCAGAGCCCUGGCCUUGUUUGACCUUCAUGAAAUUAUGCAGGAGAAAAACUCUGUGCAUGUUAUUGGGGUAGAAGAACCUUCAGUGGGCAAUUCCAUGCUGUUUGACAUCAGAGAAUCUAGAUAGAAAGAUAAUUUUUAAGAUAACUUUUGAGUUACCAGGCACAAACAUUACAUCCACAGUGUAUGGGUGGCAAGAGAAGAUGGCAUAAUGUCAGUAGUGACCUCUGACUUUGUAAGGAAGUGGUGCCUCCCACACAGUUGAGGUUGGUGUUUCUCAAAUGUAUCAAACUCAGUUCCUGUUUAAGAACAGCCUCUUUGUUUGUUUUCUGAGACAAGGUCUCAUGUGGCCCAAGCUGGCCUCAAACUCACUAUAUAUCCAAGGAUGACCCUGAAUUUUCUGAUCCUUCUGUCUUCAUUCACCUCCCUAAUUCUGGGAUUGUGGCUGAAUGCCACUAUACCCAGCAACAGCAGACACCUUGAGAUAUCUUCUCCAUUAUCCCAAAAUGAGUUUACCAGUAAUAAAACCUCUGCACAGGCAUAGUUUGGAAAUAA